AUGGGAUAAUAUAUUACUUAAUUAUGCAAAUAUUUUAAGAAAGAGGCUCAUUGUAAAGUUCAGCAAUAGCCAACUGCCUUAACUUUAUCAUUAAAAUAACGAACUAUAAUUAAUUAUAAUUCAGAUGGGUAUGAUUCUGAUUUUGAGGAGGAGAAGGUAACUAUUCAAAAAGAACCAGUUACAAUAAAGUCUUGGAAAAAAGGAGUAUUUUUAGGGUAAGGCUCCUUUGGUGUUGUUUAUUAAGGAUUCGAUUUACAAACAGGACGAGUAUUUGCUGUUAAAUAGAUCGAAAUAUUCCUUGUUGACAAAGAGUCUUUAAACUCUUUUUAUAAAGAAAUCUAAGUUUUGAGUUUAUUAAAACAUCCCAAUAUUGUUGAAUAUUAUGGUUGUACUAAUGAUGGUACUCAUUUAAGUAUAUUUCUUGAAUAUGCUGGGGGUGGGUCAAUUGCAUAGAUUCUUAAAAAAUUUGGUAAGUUGACUGAAAGUGUGAUCCAAAAAUAUACUAGGGACAUUCUCUAAGGCUUGAUUUACUUGCAUUAGAAAAAAAUCAUUCAUAGAGACAUUAAAGGAGCAAAUAUCAUUGUGGACACAAGAGGAGUGUGUAAAUUAGCUGAUUUUGGUUGCAGUUUAAUAGGAUAAUAAUCGUAUUCAUUAAAAGGAACUCCUAAUUGGAUGGCUCCUGAAGUAUUAAAUCAAUAAGAAUCUGGUAGGUAUUCAGAUAUUUGGAGUUUGGGAUGUGUAGUCUUAGAAAUGCUGACUGCUCUCCCUCCUUGGGGACAUUUUGAUAACCCAUUAUAAGCUUUAUUCUCCAUCUCUUCUAAGAAAUGUCCUCCCCCAUUUCCACGCAACAUUUCUGAUAAUUUAAGGGGCUUUCUUGAAUGUUGUCUAUAAUUUGAACCAAAAUAAAGAAAAAAAGCUAAAGAAUUGUUAAAUCAUCCUUUCCUAUAAAUUAAGUCACCCAAGAAAUCUUUAAAGAGCACCAGAAUUGAAAUGUCAUAACUUGAAGAACUUAAAGCAAUACCUCAAUAAGACGAAUCUAUACCUUAAGCUUAAAGAGAAGACUAAAAAUCUAUUUUUUCUGACCUUUCUUCUUUAUAAAUUGGAGAUGAAGAUUAACAAUUUCAAUGA